CUUUUAAAAUUUUCUCAUUACACACUUUUCACUACUACAACUACUCCCGUUAAAUGAAAAGUUGAAUAUAAACAAAAGAAAACUCAUUCAUCAACCAAAUUAUUAUCAAAAGCUAAACUAUCAAUUAAAUGUGAAAUAUAAAACACGGUCACAUAAAAGGAAUCUAUAAAAUAAAAAUUACUCAAAUCAAAAUAUCGAUGGAACUUUUAAUCAUUUGAUUGAAUUACCUUUUUCAUUGAAUUCGUUUUUUUCGGAAGAAACACCGCUCCAAAAAGUACCACCAAACUGUUGCAAAAAAUGCGUCUACGAAAGAAUUUCCUACCACGCACUUUAGCCGAUAUUUGGUGUUUUUUAUUAAUAGCCACAUUCAUUCCAAUAACAUUUGUAUUUGAGUUGACUAUUGUCCUACCCGAAUUCCAUGAUUUUGGUGGUCUCUUCUACUGGAUUACUCUGAUAGCUGGAGUGUUCUUAAUUAUGAACAUCAAAGGAAACAUGCUAGCUUGCAUGUUAGUCGAUACCAGUAUCAAAAAUGAAAUACUCAUUCCACCCACCGACCCAGACGAAAGAAAACUCUGGCGUAUGUGCUCAGUUUGUGAGACAAUGGCACCACCACGUUCCUGGCAUUGCAACACUUGCAAAACAUGCAUCCUCAAACGUGACCAUCAUUGUUUUUUCACCGGCUGCUGUGUGGGACAUCGAAAUCAUCGAUAUUUCCUAAUGUUCUUAAUAUUCCUAAUAAUUGGCUCACUUUAUACAACUAUCUACAACUCAAUUUAUUUAUGGUACUUGCAUACAGAAACUUAUGCCAACUACUUUACCUUAUUCAAAAUGGUAUUCCCAAUGCUGAUGUUCACUGUUGACUCAUCAUGGACAAAUUUCUAUUUGCUCAUUUAUGAAUUGAAUGUCAUUGCAUUUGCCUACUCUUUAGUUCUUUUUGUCUAUCAUGGACAGAUAAUACUGAGAGGAGGAGUCAUACAUGAGCGAAGUGCCUGCAAAUAUGAUUUGGGUUGGAAAAAGAAUCUAGAAAUGGUUUUAGGUACCAAGAUGCAUAAAGUUUGGCUUUCACCGUUUGUAGAGAGCCCACUGCCUCAUGAUGGUAUCAAUUGGCAGGGUUUCCUAAAACAAACUCCAAAAAAUCGAUAGAGAACUUUUGAUGGAGAGGAUAAUUAUGGCCUCGUCAAGGACUAUCGUUUCACCUCGAAUGUUUG